AUGAGAAGGCAGCUGCGGUCCAGAAGGGCUCCCACCUUUCCGUAUGGUUAUCGCUUCAGACUUGAUGAUCAGGAUGAAGUGAACAAGAAUUAUUUAGCAGAUGAGGAGGAAGAAGCCGAAGAAGAGGCUCAGGUGAUGAUGGAUCCAGAUAUAGGAGAAGAGGAGGUGGAGGAAGAUGAAGAGCAAGAGGAAGAGAAAGAAGAGGAGGAAAAGAAGGAGGAAGAAGACCUGGGGCAGCCAGAAGGCAAUACCUGGUGGGAAAAAUUGCAGAUUGUGAGCGAAUACCUGUUGGAUCCGGAGAAACGGAUGUCUCUGGCCCGAACAGGUCAGAGUUGGAGUAUGAUCUUAGUCAUUUACUUCUUCUUCUAUGCCUCUCUGGCGGCUGUGAUCACCGUCUGCAUGUACUCGCUAUUUCUGACCAUCAGUCCUUACCUGCCGACCUUCACAGAGAGGGUGAAACCUCCUGGAGUUAUGAUCAGACCCUUCGCCCAUAGCCUUAACUUCAACUUUAACAUUUCUGAACCUGAUACUUGGCAGCAUUAUGUGAUUAGCCUAAAUGGCUUUCUCCAGGGUUACAAUGACAGCCUUCAAGAGGAAAUGAAUGUUGAUUGUCCCCCGGGGCAGUACUUCAUUCAAGAUGGCGAUGAGGAUGAGGACAAGAAGGCCUGUCAGUUUAAGCGCUCCUUUCUGAAGAACUGCUCUGGCCUAGAGGAUCCUACUUUUGGCUACUCUACUGGACAACCUUGCAUCCUUUUAAAGAUGAACCGGAUUGUAGGUUUUCGUCCUGGACUUGGAGAUCCUGUGAAGGUUUCCUGCAAAGUUCAGAGAGGUGAUGAAAACGACAUCAGAUCCAUCAAGUACUACCCAGAGUCGGCUUCUUUUGACCUCCGCUACUACCCUUACUAUGGCAAGCUGACACACGUUAACUAUACCUCCCCACUGGUGGCCAUGCACUUCACAGAUGUGGUGAAGAACCAAGCCGUGCCUGUGCAGUGCCAAGUGAAGGGCAAAGGGAUCAUAAAUGAUGUCAUUAAUGAUCGCUUUGUGGGCAGGGUCAUCUUUACUCUGAACAUAGAAACCUAA